AUUCUAUGAUGUCAUUAUGUUUGGGGGAUAACCUUUGUUUUGUACAAAUUAAUUUUAUUGCCUUUUCUUCAGUUUUGGUGUUGUGAUUGUGUGACUCUGUUUUAAAGAACUUUUUACGUUUUAUUUUGGUCUAAAGUGAGAAGGUUUGGAAUGGUGAUUUUAAAAAGUUUUAUGUAAAGUAUGAGCGACGUAGUAUAAGCAUCAAAUAUAGACGCUGAUAAGGAACUUUGUGUGUAUGCAUUGAUUGCAGUACGUAUUGAUCAGAAGUUGGCUUGUGACAAUUUGAUCAUUUUCUAAAUUUGUACAGUUAUUGGUUGCAGAGCUAGACCUUUCUGAAAACCAUGGCAUCAAACAAUAACCAGUGGUCCCAGCAGCAGGGUUGGGUUUCAAAAGGAGGCAGAAGUCGGAAGAGAAAUCCUUCAAAUUUACCACAACAACCAGAAAUAAACUUUAAUUCUAGAAAACGACAGGAUGUCAUUCACAGGCUGAAGGAUAUGUUCAUAGAUAUUUUUGAUUUUGAGAUUAUCCAGUCUGUGGCGCAAAACUGUGAAUUCAAUCUGUAUGCCUCAACUGAGGCACUGAUGAUGCUCUCACAAGAUGUACACAUUCCUAAGACGGCAGUACUCCGAAAUUCAUCACAACUGCAGAAUAAUGCAGGUUUGGCAAAACCCCAGAUCAAUGUGCCAGAACUCCCGAUGAAAGCAAAACGGAAGAAGGAACCCAAACACGCUAGCAACAUUGCUUCAAAUAGUUUUGUUCACAAACCACAAUCUGGGAGGAACAGGUCUCCAAGUCCUGCAUUGGGCACUAUAAAAAUUACCUACAAAAGCCCCAACACUUGUGAAGAAUCAGAUUCUGAUGCAGAUGUAGUAAUUGAAGAAGAGAAGGAGUAUGAUGUUGGAGGAUGUGUUGCUGUGAACUCGGUGCGCGAGGCAUUCCGCGUGGUGCAGUUGCCAACAUCCCAGUACGUGAGACCUGCCGUACCUCCGUCAGACGGCCAAGGUCGAGGAAUGUCCGUACCAAAGCCUAAGAAAACUGAGCAGAUAUCUUCAAAGUUAGCAGCAGUAACCAAACUGCCAAAUGCCAAGACCUUGGCUGACCUUCCGUCAAAAAAUAUGUUAUCCGCUCGCAUAGCACAGCAGAAGCAAGUCAAGCCACUGACUAUUCCAGAGCGGGUACAGAAGUUGAUCCGAGAAGGUACGAGGGUGAUGGUGCUGAUGCGCGGAGCCCCGGGGAGUGGAAAGACGCACCUGGCCAAGGAGAUUGUGAGACAUACGAUGGGCAAGAAUUGCAAUCCCAACAAAUACGUCUUUAGUACUGACGACUUUUUUGAUCACACAAAGCGGUUCAUUCCCACCUUGCUGCCUGAGGCACACAUUUGGAACAAGGAACGUGUUUGUGAUGCAGCAGAGCUCAAGUUGAAUCCUAUCUUCGUUGAUAACACAAACACAGAGAUUUGGGAAAUGAAGCCGUAUGUUGAGCUUGCUGUGAGGAAUGGAUAUGUGCUAGAGUUACUUGAGCCGUCCACUCCAUGGCGCUAUCAUGAGGCUGAACUAACAUGCAGAAAUGUUCAUGGUGUUCCUCGCCAGCAGAUCCAAAACAUGCUGGCUCGCUUUGAGAAGAACCUGACGGGCAAGUUACUUCUGGCAAAGCUUGGACUCAAGUAUUCGUCAGCGAACAAGCCACCACAGCCAGCAGCAAAUGCACCGCCACCACAAAUCAAACAAAAUAAAAAGAGCAAGACGAAUCCUCAAGCUGCAACUGUAAUCCCUGCAGGAACUAAGCUUAAGAAGAAGAGACGUAAGAGAUCCAAACAUGCAAACCAGCUCUCACAUGUACAGCAGCCAGAGUCUGCUAUUCAGGCUGCUUCUCUUAUGGAAUCCUUGACUUUGUUCCUUGCUAAGAAGUCUCUGGAGAAGGGUGAAACCUUGGACCCUGAUAUUGCAAGCAUUCGCCUAAAUAGUGGAGUCACAGUGAGUGACGUUCUGCUGUCAAAUAAGAAAGAAAUCCCACAGCCUGCAAGUAGCUACGGAACGGUGAAUGCACAGACCAGUAUUGAUUCAGCGUCAUCAGAAAGAAGCAUAAUGGACACAUUCAAUCUUCUUGAUAUAAAUUCGCAGGUUCAGGAUGAUGGCAGUAAUGACGACGAUGAUGAUGAUGAUGAUGAUGAUAGUGAUAGUGACGAAGAAGAUGAUGUUGAUUAUGCACAGAGUCAACUGCCAGAACUUGGAGAGCGUCAUGUUGGUGGUGACUGGCUGUAUCAGAGUGAUAGUGAUGAUCAUGGAGAUGAGGCAGACUUGAAUGGGACUGAUAAUGAAGAACCUGUCUCCAGUGAAGUGCAGUGUUGGGAAUAUAUCUUAGUAAUGGAGGAUUCAACACGGGUGUAUCAGAAACACCAUCCUGAAACCUUAGACACAGGCAUGGAGGAUGAUCUAGAGUCCAGCACAGAGCAGACUGAAGGUUUGCUUAUCGACCUAACAGCUGACUCUGGCACUGAAUCAGAGAUCUCAAAGGGUGAUUUCAUAGUUAAUGCAAAACAGAGUAUUGGAACAAAAGCUUUGACUGAGGAUAGCAUGGAAAAUGAAGUACAGGAGUUACUUUCACCAAUGGAUGCACGCAUUGUGGUAGACAGUUCAACCAAACGAACACAGUCUGAAGCCAGCAUCCUGUCAGAGCCAUUCUCCCGUGAUGACUUUGAUCAGUGGCUAUCCAGUCUUCCUGUUGAGACAGGGAAGGAUACUCUUCAUUUGCUACCACCAUCCUCAAAUAUGAGUGCACACUCCCCUGGCUUCAUGAAACUAGUACAACAGCCCAUAGAAAUUAAAGUAGCAGCACCUGUAGAAGACACCAGCAUUAAAAAAGUAGAACUGGGAUUGGGAAUUUCUCCUGUUGUGUUGCAUUCAAAUGUAGAGAAACUGAUGACAGAGAAUUCUGAAGGAGGACAUGUGCUUGAGACAGACAAAGCUUCUGGAAGGAGACAGGAAACGGGCACAAAUUUGCUCCGAGCAGAGAAUCCUGAGAACUGUCCUCCUAAAGAAACAGGCACAGAACUUGGCCCCUUUCUUCACACUCAUCAUGAUAUUCCUGAACCCUGUCCUCAGAUUGAUGAUAGAGGAAGUGAUACAGAUGAAUAUCAUAAUGCUGUGAGUUCUGAAGAAACUUCUAGAAAUGAGAAAAAGGAAGUACCUGUUGAGGAACGCAGUCUAGAAGCAAAAGACUGGUUGAAUUUGACCUCGGCUAAGGCUGCUCCAACAUACGACUUGCUGUCAUGGGUUAUGAAGUGCAAAGAGCAGGAAACUGGGGACAAGGAAGAAGCAUGGGAACAUGAAAGUGGUUGGGCUAAUGGUAAGGGGGUUGAAACAAAGGCUGAUGAUGUGUGCAGUCCCAGAGUGCAGAGGUUUCCCUAUAGGAAGGUUGAACAAAAUCUGAAGCAGUCUACUGAUACGGAAGUGCAGGUGGCAGAAGCUGUGCCACCUGAACUCCAGGCCUGGGGAACAGUGCCAGAGCCUGCAAAGUCAUGGGAGAAUAAAGUCACCCAGCAGGAUGCAUGCAAACAAUCAGAUGGUCCUCAGCCACAGAGAUCAGGUUUUUCAACAGAAGAAAGUGGCCAAGCAGAUCAAAGUAGGGGGCGUACAAGUUUGGUAUCAAGCAAAAUGUUAACAUUGCUUACACCAGAAGAUUUUAUGCAGAGUUCUUGGGAAAACAGACUUUCCACUGAGUUGCAGAAAAUUGCGGUAUCAGAUGCAGGAGGUUAUUAUUCUUCUAUGGCGGAUAAUACAGAAGUUAAAGCAGACCAAGCAGUCACGAACACCUCCACCAACACACAUUACCAAGACUUUAACCUCGUAUCACAAGUGAACAGGCCCGGGGACUCCACUAACCCUGUGGAGGGCAUCAGGAUUAUCACUUGUCACAGUCGUAGCAUCAGUGAAGGUACUGCCCCACUUAAACACUUUGACAGACCUGUGGCAUUUAUGCUGACACUUGACAAGAGCUCCAUGACCGUUGAAGAAGAUAUCAUGAGUUCAACACUGGGCUCUGCACAGGAAGUUAGUGCUCAGAGGAAUCGUGACUUUAAUCAGUUGGAAGCCAUGUUUCCAAAUGCACCCCAAGAUGGGCUGAAGGAAAUAUUUGAGAAAUGCUGUGGUGACUUGAAUUGGACCAUAGACUUGUUGCUGGAAUCAAAACUAGAUCAGUUCACGCCCCUGUUACCAGCAAAAGACACAGGAGGCUCUGUCCACGAGGGACUACCUCUUGCAGAUGUUAAUGUGUCAAAUGAAGAACCUUCAGCACCCCCACUAGAAGCAGAGGAUGUGUCACCACGAUGCAACUUGCAGGCAAAGAAAUCAUGGAACACCGCAGCACUGUUAGAACAAUCACAAAAACUGAAGAGACAAUUGGAGGAGAGUAUCAUUAUAAGUGAUGCCAGCUACUCAGAAUCUACGCUGCGGAUCAGGAAACUGCGGCAUGGGGAGCUGUUGGACAUGGGUGGAGUGACGGCUAAGCCUCAGCGAUCUCCUUCCAGAAACGGCCCGUUCACGGGAGAGAGCGCUCUUGGAGCUAUUGGGUCUUCUGGGACAAGAACACCAACACCUCAUCCUGGUGAUGUAGCAGAUCUGCACACAGAUGGCAUUGCUGUAGAUGAGGACACAGACAGUAGUAGUGGCACAGAGGAAGCAGAAACACUGUCUGUUGUACUGGAUCCUGAGUUUGUGUCUCAGCUCCAUCAGCUCUUCGGGAACCCAUUCCUCCCGUUCCCUGAAGAUGUAGAGCUGGUGGUGAACUUGCCACUUUCUGUUGCUCAACAGAUCCAUUACUACUUGGUGGAAUCACAGCUUUCUUUGCUGGAGCAGCGGCAGAAGCUAAUGGAGCAGAUGAUACGAGAAGAUGAGGAGCUAGCUAGUCAGUUGCAGAUGGAAGAAAAGGAGGACGGCACUGCAGUUCCAGAUCUACAGGAAAUUAUGGACAUGGAAAUGGCCCUUGCUCUUUACAGAACUGAUCAGGCCCAAUGGCGAGGCAAGGAGAUGAAGGAUGACCUGGCCACAAAGCUCUCAAAGCAGAUAUUAUGUGACAUGUUCCCAGCGCUGGAUAAGGCUGUGCUACUAGACGUGUUUAUUGCUCAUGAUAAAUCGUUACAGAAGACCGUAGAGGCCGUUACAAUGUCUAUGGGAGGUGCUCAGGAAGAAGGUGUUCGGACAGUCAUGUCACCUGAGGCGCGUGUCGCUUAUGAGCGUUCUCUCAUAGAACAAGCCAGGGAGGAACAACGUAAAGUGGACCAGGAACAGUCGGCUAAAGCCCCAGACUCGCUGCCUACAGUGGUAGUGCGGGACCCACCAAACGCUAAUUGUAAUGUGACCCCACAGGAACAGGCAAUGGAGGAUGCGAACUACUAUCGUGCCGAAGCAAGCCGCCACUACCAGCUGUAUAAAGAGUGCUUUUGUAAGGCACAAGAUGCUUUAAAGAAGAAGCAUGCUGCUGUUGCAUCAUAUUAUUCCCAAGUGGCCAAUUUGCAUAAGCAGCGUAUGGAUGAUGCCAAUACCCGAGCGGCUGCGUCUUUGCUGUCUGCACACACGUUGGCACAGGAUAAUAGCACAACUCUUGACUUGCACUACCUCCAUGUGGCUGAAGCAAUAGAAGCCCUUGAUCUGUUUCUGGAUCACCAUAUCGCUAAACUUGCUGAACGACAGACUGCCAAACAGAAGCUGAUCCUCAUCACAGGACGGGGCCUGCAUAGUGUGGAUGGCAAACCGCACAUCCGGCCUGCUGUUGAACGGCGACUCAGGGAGAGAAGAGUGAAGUGGAUUGCUGAGAACCCAGGGGUCCUGCAGGUAGUGGUAAAAUGGAACUUACUGCUGUCACAUGUUGUUAAUACUAACAACAAAGUGCCUUGCUCAACUUCACAAUAGGCAUCUGUCCAUUGCAAGAGGCCUGACCUGCCACUCCUCGUACAAACAAUAUCUUGUUUUUAAUAUUGCCAGCAGAGUAAGGUGACUGCUGCAAAACAGACUUGAGUACUGCUGAGGGUUAACUCCCCUGUAUUUUCAAAUAUACCUUUCCAGCACUAUUAAUUAGAGUAUACUUACCUCUGAUUGCAAUAACAGCCCUUAAAAUUUUUCACCAUCAGGAAACUGCCUAGACCAGCGCUUCUCAAAGUGGUGGUCCGCAAGCCAUCAGUGACCAGUCUGCAAGUCUGCAUAACGCCGGUGUAGAUUUAAAACUAUUGUUUAAAAAUGAAACAAAAAUGGCAUCCAUAUACUACACUGAAGGAUGACUUGCCGGUCACUUUGGAAGACAAGUUGUUGGAGAUAGCUGCUGAUCAAGGACUUAAGAAUAGUUUUAAAAAUGCAUCAUCACUUGCCUCAUUUUGGACAAAAUUGAAAGGCGAAUAUCCCGAACUAGCUGAAAUUGCACUUAAAACUCUGCUUCCGUUUCCCUCAACAUACCUUUGUGAGACUGGAUUUUCGACCAUGUGUGUCAUUAAGACUAAGUACAAAAAUAAUAUGGACAUUCAUGUUCCAUUGCGCUUGGCUUUGUCUUCAAUUGAGCCAUGGAUUGAGAAUCUUGUAAAGAUCAUCUGUCACAUUAGAAGUUGACUGAAUUUGAUGAUACAUACCUUUUUCAAUAAAAAUUAGUAAUAACAAUUUAUUUUUCUAUAACCCCAUACAUCAUAUAAGACCUUUGACCCUCAACACCCACGCCGUUCCCUAGCAGAUUGGGAAACAAAUUGCCGGUCCGCGGCAACAAAAAGUUUGAGAAGCACUGGUCUAGACUUCCUACAUGAUUGUUAUGUCACAUUUGUACUGCAGUAUGCCAUGCAUUUUCAUUCUAGGUAGAAGUCCUGGAUUAUUGAACAUCAGUUAGAGUGAUUGACCUUUAUCAUACUGCAAUAGAUGGCCCUCUGUACUACAGGGCUGCAGCUGGACUUAGCUGUGAAGGGUAACAGUUUAGCUGUAUGCUUCUUGACACAUGAUCAGCUCUGUCCCGUGUGUAAGAUGCGUUGCAUGUGAUAAAUGUUAAUAUGGGGUAUGUACCCCAAACUUGAAUGUUAUGUCUUUGUUAUGUAUAUUAGAAUAUGGUUAUCUUCUGGAUUGUAGUGCCAUGUAGUCUAGUAAAAAGUUUACCAGCAAUUCAGAUGUUCUUGCUGGCUCCAUCAUCAGGGUGGUGAGUAAGUUUACUCUUUGCCCUGAUAAACUUCUACCAGACUACAACCCAGAAGACUGCCAUUUCAGACUUACCGCUGUGAAAACCUUGAAUCGUACUUUGUUAUACUUGUUGCUUGUAUCAUAUCCCGUCAGCAGUGGAGAUAUGUCUUUAUGGGUAUGUACCCCAAGUGAGUGCUGAAAAUGCAGAAUUGAUAGGACACUGCAGCUGGGGUGUCAUGUAGUUGCAGGGGGUGAUUAUCCCACUUGCAUAGCACAUAUAUACGGGCUACUACUCCAGAUAUAAUUCCAGGUCUGGAAUGCUGGAAUAGCUAGUAAAGUUGUCAUAGUAUUUUAAACUAUUUUUGUAUGUUGUACUUUUUGGAGUUUAAUUUCUACUGGUUGAUUAUAUAAUGAUGUUAACUCUUGGCUGUAAUAAUAAUAAUGAUGAUCGUG